UUUGCCACCUUGAGUGGUGCCAAUCGUGUCAUGGUUAAGUUAAGAGUUACAGCAUUAUGUCUUGUGCUAAACACUUACCUGUGCUCUCCUAUCGCUGACUCCCAGGGUGCGCGAGUAAAAGAGUUCCCAGGCAAACAAGCGCCUCUUUAUCGUUCCGGGAGGGUUCCAUCUGAUGAGAUGGUGUGGGCGUACGGGUUACCGCAUGGGUAAAGUAGGCGUGUGCCCAGGGCCCCAGAGCCAAUAGCUCUUUUGGACCGGCACUGCCUCCGUCUCUGUGUCUGCUGCUGCUGCUGCUGCUGUGGUGGUUGCUUCCGCUGCUGGCCACCUUGUGCCGACUGCCGUGACCCCUUUCCCCUCCAUGUAUUCUGCCCUCAGCUCUUCUGCCAGCUGCUGCAGGACUUUCCUCUGGGCUCUCCUGCUGCUGAUGCUCCUUGAAUAAGAUGCGGGCAUUGAUCCCACCCAGUUGAGGAUGUUAUAACAUCACCAAUUCCACCAAUCAGGGAUAAGAUACGAGCCAUGUGACAGUUUCAGUCUCCUCAGACCUCCUUUACAAUCACACAUGGUGAUUUUCAACAUGUUGGUGCCAUUUUCCCCAGACUCAGGAGAAAAAAUCAAGUUCUGAGUUGCAGAUUCUGCUGAAUGCUGCAUGCGGAGUAAAGAUCACAGAGGGGAUGAUGUCUUCUAACUCCAUGCCGAGGGACGCAGACUGUUAUUAUUAUUAAGAUCCAGAAGUGUUUGUACACAGCCAUGUCAACUGAACGAAAUGAAGGAGGUUGCAGAAGAGCCACCUGACACAAAGGAGUUUUGGUUGGCCACAGAAUCCUUGACAGAGAUCGCAGUCUAAAAAUAAAAGCAAGAAGAGAAGGAGACUGGGUCCACAUCGAACUAACAAUGGCCGCAUUUCCCAGAUUCGAUCGUUCUUAAGGACUUAAGAAGGCUCUUGAGAAGGGUUCGGCUAAGAAGGUGCGCUAAGAUACAGGUGUUUCCCAGAUGCGUUCUUAACUGCCUUCCUAGGAGAACCUUAAGAUCAAGCCAAAGAAGCUUCUUAAGAAGCUCUUAGUGGGAGCUGUCCACCGCAGUGGUGCUGAAACUGAAUCAAUCGAUGCCAGGCAAAUUGAUCACCCAUCUCUUUAUCAGCGCAUAAGUCACACACAGCGGACAGUGUGGGUGCAGCUGUGUGUGUGUGCCAACAGGUGUAUCCAGGUAGUAAUCAAGCCCAUUAGCGCAUAUAUACCCCCGUGGAUAUAGGCACAUACAUGUGAGAAUGGAAGAAACCAGCAGCAAACGAAAUAAGGGGGCACCGUCAUUUACCGUGGAGGAGAUGGGCGUCUUAGUGGACAAGGUCUGGUGGUACCGUGAUGUUUUAUUCGGGGGAGCAAGGGACAAAAAGAAUAUCACAGUGAAGAACCAUGUUUGGCAGGCCAUAGAUGUCUCCCUCCAGCCCAUGUGGCCUGCGUGACUGGGGUGCUGUGAGGAAGAAGUGGCAGGAGUUCCAGAGCCAAACAAAAAAGAAGAGUGCGAAGGUGAGGAGAGAAUCCAUGGGCACAGGUGAUGGAGCACCGGGUGGGACAACCCUCACUCCCGACGAGGAGAAAGUCCUCUCCAUCAUUGGGAAGACGGCCUAUGAGGGCAUUAGUGGGGGCACUGAUGUUCAGAGGGAAGAGGGGCUCUCAGAAAGUGAGGAUGAAGAGGAGCCAUCCGGGAGCGGAGCAGGGAUGUGCACGCCCCCAGGAGAGGACGAGCCCCCACAACCAUGCCCUGUCCCCGCGCGCCAACCAGCAGGGCCCAGUGUCCGCAUGCUGGGAGGCUUUACAGGGCGGCCCCCAAUAACAACCUACACCUGCAGUGAGACGCUGGUGCGCCUGGAGAGGGAGAAGCUGGUGGUGCUGCGGGGGAUAGAGGGCCAACUCGAACAACAAACUGCCCUGCAGGAAGAGAUGGUCUGGAUAAAGCAGGAGAGGUUGGAGCUGCACCGGAGACAGCUGGCACUUGCCGAGACACAGUUCAACCGUCCCUCCAUCUCGGUUCCAAUCAUCCUUCCCCAGGAUUCAGGUGAUGCAGACGCCCAGUAACAACACCAUGACCCCCCCCCCAC